AUGACGUCCCACACGCUGUACGACUCACCAGCAUUGGGUGUCCGGUGGGACGAGGGAAUUAUGCACGUGAAACCCCGCAUGACGGUGAAGUUGCUUACGCAGGACCCUGCGAUGCAUCAGCUGGCGUGUAAAACGGCGAAGGAAAAAGCAUGGGCUGCUGCGGAGGCGAUGCUGGAUGCCGUGCUUGUGCGGGCUGCCGCUCACUCUGAGGCGGUCAUCUCCUCCACCCUACCUUUUGAGCACCCCACGCCAUUGCCAUCGUUUCUGUUGCCGUCCUCACUGCCGUCGUCGUCGACGACGUUGUCGGUGUCGUCGUUGCGUUCACGCAUUCCCCCGAUGAAUGUUGCUAAUCGUGGCUACUCUGCCGAUGCCGCUUGCAGAAGUGUGCAAACCCUCGUCGAGCUGGAUGCUGGUGCCGCCGUCUAUGAAAAGCUUAAGCACUCCCUCGAGGCCUACGUGAUGCACGUUUUGCAUCUCCUCACUACCGCCUGCGGCGCUGAUCUUGCGGGGAGUUUAACGUUUAUGCGUCUGGCGCAUGUGUGGUUUCAUUACCGCUUGGCAGUGGCGGAGCUGCAGGAGGUGUGGGUGUACCUGGAUCGCUGGUAUCUCGCCAAGGUGCACGCAGUGCGGUCGAUCGAUGGACUUGCCGUUGCGAUCAUGAAGGAGGCGCUGCUGCAGCACCCGUGGCUUUUGUCGCAGGCACAACUGGGGUUUCUAGCUGCCCUGCGUCAGGAGCUUGAACAUGACAGCAACGCUCGCGGGGGGAUGCAGCUCUUCACGAAUCUCUGCUCCUCUAUUGAGGUGUACUUCCUGCGCGUGGAGCCGGAUGUGCUGGCCGCCGCGAAGGAAUUCUACAAUGCAGUGGCGGAGCGGAUGUGGCACAACGGCGACAGUGCGGAGGUCUUCUUUCACCAGGUGCGAUGUUUUCUUCAGGAGGGGCGCCAGCGCGUGCAGGCCUGCCUGGAGGUCCACACAAUGCCGAGGCUGGAGGAGAUCGCCCAGACAUCGCUGCUGCUUGCACAUGGCGUGGACGUCCUCACCCGCGACUUUGAGCGGCUUGUGAGGGAGGAGAAGUACGACUGCAUUCGCCUCGCCUGGAAGUUUCUAGCCUCCGGAAUGUAUGUGCAACUUGGAAAGAGGUGUGGCGCGAUAUUCCGCCACUACAUCCUGCAGGAGGGCGCGAAGAUCAUGCGACAGCUUACCACGCGCACUGCGGAGCAGGAGGCGUUUGCUGCUGUCAAGGCGAUGAUUGCGCUCAUCCGUCGAGGGGAGCGUGUGAUUGAGACGUGUUUUGCGGAAAACCCCACCCUCUUUAUGGUACGUAUGAACGACGCCCUGACAGAGGUGGUGCAGGAGAAGCAGACUGAGUUUGCACGGCAGAUUGCCCGCUACCUGGACUGGAUGAUGCGUGAGGGCGAGAGCGACGUCCUGCUCGCAGCCGCUGGCAGCACUGCUAGUAGUGGUGCCCCUGGUGAUGACAGCUCGCCCCGCACGGAUGUGGUGACGACGACGAUAACAACAACAACGACUGGCGACGCUUCCACCGGAGUACCUCCUUGUGGGGAGGUGUUGGCGUACAUUGGACGCAUUUACGCCCUCUUCCCUUCGAGGGACAUUUUUGAGGCAUUCUACUGGCGUGACCUUGCGCGCCGUCUGCUGCAGUACCAUCACCCCCCGCGCCUCAGCAUUGAGCGGAGUUUCAUGCAAGAGUUGAAGAAGACCUGCGGGGAGGAGACGUCCAAGUUUGAGGGAAUGCUCAACGACUUCAACGUGUCGCAGGAGUUGAGUGAACGCUACCAGGCAUGGGUGGAGGGCAACUGUGGAGCCCCCCCCUCGCCGUGGUCGCCGGAGCUGCAAGUCGACAACGAGGCGGAGGAGGAAAAGGAGCGGCGAAGGUGGCGGCAGCACCGACAAUCGAGUGGGGUGAGGGAGGCAGUGAUGAUGGCGGAGGAGGUGGAGGCGGAGGAGACGUCGAUGCCCACCGCCGCUGCACUCCGCUGUACGGAGGUGCGGCUGCACAUCUUGACUUCCGGCUUCUGGCCGACAGAGUCUGCGCUGGAGGUGCUGCUGCCGUCGCCACUGCAGGCCCUCGCCGGCCGCGUGCAGGAGUUUUACAGUCACUGCUUCGCCGAUCGCAAACUUGUGUGGCAGCACCAAAUGUCUUCGGCAGUGGUAACGUGUUCUACGGGAGCCGUCCGACGGCAGCUGACAGGAACACUUUUGCAGGCAGCUAUGCUGCUCACUCUGCAGGAGAUGAUGCGGACAACGCCGUCGACAGCAUUAUCGCAAGUGGAAACGGUGACGGUCGGGGCAUUGUGCGAGCGGCUCGCCGUUGACCUGUCGCUUCCAUCCGUGACAGGGGCCCUUUACGGGCUGUGCCACCCAAAGUUUCCCCUUCUGCUGCGUGAAACUGCCGCAGUGGAUACAGCUGCAGCUGCUGCAGCUGCGGCGUCGUCCACGUUGGCUGAGGCUGACAGGCUGCGGUUCAAUCCGUGCUUUGCGUUUAGCGCGGCGCGCUGCCGCAUUCCAUUUUGCAGAAACCCACAGGGCGGCGAGGAUGCCGCUGUCGACAGGACCGACACCGACGGUAUGCAGGCCGCGACCGACGUGCUGAAGGAGCACGCGUACGUUAUCGAGGCCGCUGUGGUGAGUUUCAUGAAGGAGCGGCGAUGCUUGAGCCACGAGGAGCUCGUCGCGGCGCUCCCAACGCUCGUGCGGUUCCCCGUCACAGUGGCGACGGUUAAGAGCAUCAUUGAGCGACUCAUCAACCGCGGAUUUCUGGAGCGCAGCGGCGCCAAGGCGUAUGUAUACGCGCUGUGA